UUCUCUCUAGAUAUACGACUCCAAUCGAGAAUUGUGUUGAUGAUAAUAUAAUAUUCCAACUUAUAAAUAACGUUUCGGACGUGUUUGAAGCAGUUUAGAAGCUGAUACAUAAAAUUAUCGGGAAUACUACAAACAAUAAUAAAAAAAAAUCAUCAACUCUUAGAGAUGUUGAAACAAAUGUUUGGUUAUCUUGUAAGUAGAAAGUUGUUUACAUUUUUAAAUGAUAAAUUAAUUCAACACGUGGUUUGGUUUAUCUAUUUAGAUGCUUGUAUAAUACAUAGUGGCGAGAUUUGCAUGAUUCCCGUCAUACUAAUAUGGUUUUUCUUGAAGGAAAACAGAUAUAAAUACUUCUACAUACUCCGGAAAACAUGGCGGAGGGAUUUAAGAGGUAUUUUGAUGGUUCUUAAAGCUUUCGCAAGAAUAGGUAUUAGUGAAAUAAAAAAAGAAACGGUACCAAAAAUAUUUACCAGAAUAGCUAAUAAAACACCCGAUAAAGUAGCGAUUUAUUUUGAAAAUGAAACAUGGACUUUUCGUCAGUUAGAUGAUUAUAGUAAUCGAAUAGCGAAUUAUUUUUUAUCGAUUGGUUACAAAAAAGGCGAUACCGUUGCCCUUUUAUUAGAAAAUAGGCCUGAAUAUGCGGCCAUAUGGAUGGGAUUGGCAAAAUUGGGUGUGAUAACAGCCUUAAUCAACACGAAUUUGGUAUCGAAACCUUUGUAUCAUUGUAUAUCGGUGGCUAAAGUGAAAGCUUUGAUAUUUGGUUCGGAUUUUAGCAAUGUUGUUUACGAUAUUUAUCCGAAUUCCCAGGAUGAGAUACAGUUGUUCCAAUUAAAUACAUCGAAAAAUGAUGAUGUCCAAAUUCGUGACGACAAAAUUCUAGAUCUGCAACACUGCAUAUCGGAUCAAUCGACUUCUUCGCCCGAAAUAGAAAUUAAUCUAACGAAUCCUAAGGAUAAACUACUUUACAUUUAUACUUCCGGUACAACGGGACUUCCGAAAGCCGCCAAAAUUACAAAUGCCAGAUUCAAUUUCGCCGUAACUGGUAUACAUUAUUUUGUGUCCUUCGAGGACAAUGACGUUUUUUAUAAUCCUUUACCUUUGUAUCACGCGACAGGUGGUAUGUUAACGAUUGGUCAAUGUUUACUUUUUGGUGUGACUGUCGCAUUGAGAAAAAAAUUUUCCGCUUCCCAUUUUUGGACAGAUUGCGUCCUGUAUAAUUGUACGAUAGCCAAUUAUAUAGGGGAAACUUGUAGAUAUAUAUUAGCCGCGAAUAAGGGGGAAAACGACGUCAAACACGGAAUAAAAAAAAUGUUCGGAAACGGUUUAAAGAAAGACGUUUGGAUAGAUUUCGUUAAAACUUUCAAAAUUCCUCAAAUCAUCGAAUUUUACGGUUCCACCGAAGGCAACACCAAUUUAAUUAAUUUAGAUAACACACCGGGAGCGGUGGGAUUUUUACCGUUUUAUUUAGCGCCAAUAUUUUCCAUACUUUUGAUAAAAUACGACGAAGAAACCAAACAACCGAUUCGAAACGAAAACGGACAUUGUAUAAAAUGUGAACCGGGCCAACCCGGCGUUUUGAUUGGGAGAAUUCACGAAAAAAUAAGCACGCACAACUUCGACGGUUACGUCGACGCCAAAGAAACCGUCAAAAAAAUAUUAAAAGAUGUUUUUAGAAAAGGAGAUUCGUAUUUUAAUUCCGGUGAUCUAAUGGUGCAAGACGAAUUCGGUUAUUUUUAUUUUAAAGACCGAACCGGAGAUACAUAUAGAUGGAAAGGAGAAAACGUGGCAACAACGGAAGUUGAAUUAGUAAUUUCCGAUAUAAUCGGACCAAAAGACGUCGUAGUAUAUGGUGUAGAGGUACCAAAGAACGAAGGUAAAGCCGGUAUGAUAGGAAUCGCCGAUAAAAAUCGAACAGUAGAUAAAAAAACUUUAGCCGAGGGUUUGAAAUCUCAAUUACCUGCUUACGCGGUACCUCUAUUUUUGAGGAUAAUGGAUUCGGUACCUUUAACGGGUACUUUCAAAAUGAAAAAAACCGAUUUACAACGAGAAGGUUUCGAUAUAAACGUUAUAAAAGAUCCUUUAUACGUUUACGAUAAUAAAAAAGUCGAUUACGUACCCAUACAAAAAUUUUAUCUUGACAUCAUAAACGGUACUGUCAAAUUGUGAUUUUUUUUGCCACACUGUAUAUUUAAAUAAAAUAAAUUGUUAUGCCAAAAGUUGUUAUUAAAUAUAUAUAUUUUAAAAAAAUCAGUUUUUAUUGACACAUUUUAAUAAAUUGAACGACAGCUUCAGUGCAAGUACAAAAGUCGAAUGUAAUCAGCUUAUAAAUAAUAAAUUUCUUUUGAAAACAAAA